UAGUUAUCGUUGGUAGCUUCACGCAGGUGAAAUAAGAAAGGAAAUAAGCGGAUAUAAUUAGUAAUUUUGAGAAAAAUAUUGAAAAGUUUGUUGACUUACCAUGGCUGAUGCCGCUGCCAGACAGUUGCAAUAUGAAUACAAGGCGAACUCAAAUUUGGUCUUGCAAGCUGAUGUUCGCCUGAUUGAGCGUCCACGACGAGAUGAAGCUACUGGUGAGGUAGUGUCGUUAGUAGGCAAAUUAGAAGGAACUCGUAUGGGUGAUCGCUAUUUACGCUCAAAGCCAGAAAAGACUGAAGAACGGAAAGUCAAGCGUCAGAAACGUGAUGAGGCUCAAUAUGAUUUUGAACGCAUGAAAGGAGCCACUCUUCUUUCGGAAGGUAUUGAUGAAAUGGUAGGCAUUGUUUACCGGCCUAAGACACAAGAUACUCGUCAAACGUACGAGGUGCUUUUGAGCUUUAUUCAAGAAGCCUUGGGAGAUCAGCCUCGUGACAUACUUUGUGGCGCAGCUGACGAAAUUUUGGCUGUUUUGAAAAAUGACAAGUUAAAGGACAGGGAACGAAAGAGAGAAAUCGAUGGUUUAUUAGGAUCUGUCACAGAGGAAAGAUUUGCGCUGCUGGUCAAUUUGGGCAAGAAAAUUACGGACUUUGGGUCUGAUGCCGUAAAUGCAUUAAACGCUAACGUAAAUGAGGAACAAAUUGACGAAACGUAUGGUAUAAAUGUACAGUUUGAGGAGUCAGAGGAGGAGAGUGACAACGACAUGUACGGAGAGAUCCGUGAUGAAGAUGGUCAGGAUGAGGGCGAAGAAGCUAGAAUAGAUCAUACUCUUCAUGCUGAAAAUUUACUAGCCGAAGAAGCUGUAAAUGUUAAGAAAGAACGCGGUUUACAUCCUCUCGACAUCGAUGCGUACUGGCUACAGCGUUGCUUAAGUAAAUUCUACAAAGAUGCUAUGGUUUCACAGAGCAAGGCGGCCGAUGUGCUGCGCAUACUUAAAGAUGCGGCCGACGAAAGAGAUUGUGAAAAUCAGUUAGUCUUGCUGUUAGGCUAUGAUUGUUUCGAUUUCAUAAAACAACUUAAACUCAAUCGUCAAAUGAUCCUUUAUUGCACAAUGCUGGCUUCGGCCCAAACAGACAGCGAGCGACAACGCAUACGAGAAAAAAUGCGCAAUGACCCAAAGCUCGCAAAAAUUCUUGUGCAGUUAGACACGGGCAAGACAGAAGACGACGAAGGGUAUGGAAAUAGCUCAAGAAGUAGUAAAAUUGACAAGUCUCAACUGGACGAUGGUGGCCAAGGUAUGGCUGGUCAAGUUGCAGGACAAAGACAAGUUUUAGAACUCGAUGAGUUGGCAUUUACCCAAGGCUCUCAUUUCAUGGCCAACAAAAGAUGUCAAUUGCCUGAUGGUUCGUUUCGAAAGCAACGUAAGGGCUACGAAGAGGUGCAUGUGCCGGCUCUUAAGCAAGUACCUUUUGAGGACAAAGAGGAAUUACAGCCAAUUGAUAAACUACCGAAGUACGUACAGCCUGUAUUCGAUGGUUUCAAAACGCUCAACCGUAUACAAUCACGUCUGUGGAAAGCAGCAUUAGAGAGUGAUGAAAAUAUGCUGCUAUGUGCUCCCACCGGUGCCGGUAAAACAAAUGUGGCUUUAUUGUGUAUGAUGCGUGAAAUUGGCAAACAUAUCAAUGAAGAUGGAACCAUCAAUGCUGAUGACUUUAAAAUUAUCUACGUGGCUCCCAUGAAAUCCUUGGUUCAAGAAAUGGUUGGCAAUUUUGGUCGUCGCUUAGCCUCCUACAACCUUACAGUUUCUGAAUUGACUGGCGACCAUCAGCUGACGAGGGAACAGAUUGCGGCCACCCAAGUCAUUGUUUGUACUCCUGAGAAGUGGGACAUCAUAACACGCAAAGGAGGAGAAAAGACAUUUACGUCUCUUGUACGAUUGGUCAUCAUUGAUGAAAUUCACUUGUUGCACGACGAACGAGGACCAGUUUUAGAGGCUUUGGUGGCAAGAACUAUACGCAACAUUGAAGUAACGCAAGAGGAUGUGCGUCUGGUGGGCUUGUCAGCCACACUACCUAACUAUCAAGAUGUUUCAACAUUUUUGCGUGUAAAGCCGGAUAAAGGUCUCUACUAUUUUGAUAACAGCUAUAGACCAGUUGCUUUAGAACAGCAAUAUAUAGGUGUGACCGAGAAAAAGGCUUUGAAGAGAUUCCAGGUGAUGAACGAAAUUGUUUAUGAAAAAACCAUGGAACAUGCCGGUCGCAAUCAAGUUUUAGUAUUUGUCCAUUCACGCAAGGAAACUGGAAAAACGGCAAGAGCAGUGCGGGAUAUGUGCUUGGAGAAAGACACAUUGGGUAGCUUUUUAAGAGAAGGAUCUGCCAGCAUGGAAGUUUUGAGAACGGAGGCGGAACAAGUUAAGAAUACUGAGCUUAAAGAACUGCUGCCAUACGGAUUUGCUAUACAUCACGCCGGUAUGUCUAGGGUAGAUCGUACGUUAGUGGAAGAUCUUUUUGCGGAUCGACAUAUUCAAGUAUUGGUUUCCACCGCCACCUUAGCCUGGGGUGUAAAUUUACCCGCUCAUACAGUCAUUAUAAAAGGCACACAGGUGUAUAAUCCCGAAAAAGGAAGGUGGGUUGAGUUGUCCGCACUAGAUGUCCUUCAAAUGUUGGGCCGUGCCGGUCGUCCUCAGUAUGACACGAAAGGUGAAGGUAUUUUGAUUACAAACCACAGCGAGUUACAGUUUUAUCUCUCCUUACUAAACCAACAAUUGCCAAUCGAAUCACAAUUCGUCUCAAAGCUACCAGAUAUGUUGAAUGCUGAAAUUGUCUUGGGUACCGUGCAAAACGUUAAGGAUGCUGUAAACUGGUUGGGUUACACGUACCUCUAUAUUAGAAUGCUACGAAACCCCCUUUUGUACGGAAUAGGGCAUGAUGCACUUAAGGAGGAUCCCUUGUUAGAACAGAGACGGGCGGAUUUAAUACACACUGCUGCCCUGCACUUGGACCGAAGUGGGCUUGUAAAAUAUGAUCGUAAAUCCGGCCAAUUCCAGGUUACCGCACUUGGCCGCAUCGCUUCGCAUUAUUAUUGUACACAUGAAACCAUGAUGACUUACAAUCAGCUACUAAAACAAACACUCUCUGAAAUUGAGUUGUUCCGUGUGUUCUCUUUGUCGUCGGAGUUUAAACACAUUGCGGUAAGGGAAGAAGAGAAGCUUGAGUUACAAAAGCUUAUGGAAAGAGUCCCCAUACCCAUAAAAGAAUCCAUGGAGGAGCAUAGUGCCAAGGUCAAUGUAUUGCUACAGGCUUACAUAUCUCAACUAAAAUUGGAGGGUUUUGCAUUGAUGUCGGAUAUGGUAUUUAUCACCCAAUCAGCUUCUCGUCUAAUGAGAGCUAUAUUUGAAAUAGUACUGCAUCGAGGUUGGGCACAGUUGGCCGACAAAACUUUGACCUUGUGCAAGAUGAUUGACCGAAGAAUGUGGCAAUCUAUGACACCAUUGAGACAGUUCAAGAAAAUGCCCGACGAAAUAGCCAAAAAAUUGGAAAAGAAAAACUUCCCCUGGGAACGAUUGUACGAUUUGGAACCCCAUGAAAUUGGUGAAUUAAUAAGAGUUCCCAAACUGGGAAAAACUAUACACAAGUUUGUGCAUCAAUUUCCUAAAUUAGAGUUGUCCACACACAUACAACCCAUUACGCGUUCCACUUUGCGGGUAGAACUAACCAUUACUCCCGAUUUCCAAUGGGAUGAAAAGAUUCACGGCAUGUCGGAAGGAUUUUGGAUUCUGGUGGAAGAUGUCGAUUCGGAAAUUAUUCUACAUAAUGAAUUUUUCCUACUUAAAGAGAAAUACUGCCAUGAUGAGCAUCAGCUAAAGUUUUUUGUACCAGUUUUUGAGCCUCUGCCACCGCAAUACUUUUUGAGAAUUGUUUCAGACCGUUGGAUAGGCUCUGAAACCCAGCUACCUGUUUCGUUCAGACAUCUUAUAUUGCCCGAAAAGAAUAUGCCUCCAACUGAACUAUUGGAUUUGCAACCGUUGCCUAUAUCGGCUUUGCGAAAUGCUAAAUUUGAGGAGUUCUAUCGUGAAAAAUAUCCCCAAUUUAAUCCAGUGCAAACGCAAAUCUUCAAUGCGGUAUAUAACAGCGAAGAUAAUGUGUUUGUCGGAGCACCUACAGGUUCGGGAAAAAUGACAAUUGCCGAAUUUGCCAUCAUGCGUUUAUUUUCACAGCAGUCUGACGGGCGUUGUGUUUAUUUGGUAUCCAAGGAAGACUUAGCAGAUCUCGUAUUUGCUGACUGGCAUGCUAAGUUUGGUGGUCUAGGUCUUAAGGUGGUGAAACUUACCGGCGAAACUGGCACCGACUUAAAGUUGCUGGCCAAAGGACAAUUGAUUAUAACUACAGCUGACAAGUGGGAUGUAUUGUCUCGCCGAUGGAAGCAGCGUAAAAAUGUCCAAAACAUUCACCUAUUCAUAGUAGAUGAACUACAGCUAGUGGGAGGAGAAGACGGACCUGUGUUGGAGGUGGUAUGCUCAAGAAUGCGCUACAUUUCGUCACAAAUUGAAAAGCAAAUUCGAAUAGUUGCUCUGUCCUCUUCGCUGGCGGAUGCUCGAGACGUGGCUCAGUGGUUGGGCUGCAACACCAAUGCCACAUUCAACUUCCAUCCCAGCGUACGCCCCAUUCCUUUGGAAUUGCACAUACAAGGCUUCAAUAUCACCCAUAAUGGGACACGAAUUGCUUCGAUGUCUAAGCCCGUUUAUAAUGCUAUUUUAAAAUACAGUCCUCAUAAGCCAGUUCUGGUAUUUGUAUCGUCUCGUAAACAAGCCCGCUUGACAGCCAUUGAUAUUUUGACAUACAGUGCUUCAGAUUUGCAACCAAAUCGCUUCUUCCAUGCCGAAGAAGACGAUAUUAAGCCAUUCUUAGACCGCAUGACCGACAAAACGUUAAAGGAGACUCUCUCACAAGGUGUUGCUUACCUGCACGAGGGUCUUACUGCUUCUGAUCAUCGGUUGGUGGAGCAACUUUUUGACUCUGGCGCAGUGCAAGUGGCUGUGGUUGCCAAAGAUCUAUGUUGGGGUAUGAGUAUCUCCGCCCAUUUAGUUAUCAUUAUGGAUACACAGUUUUAUAAUGGUAAAAAUCACUCCUACGAAGAUUAUCCCAUUACGGAUGUCUUGCAAAUGAUUGGUCGCGCAAAUCGCCCAAUAGAGGAUGCCGAUGCAAAGUGCGUUUUAAUGUGUCAAUCAUCGAAAAAAGAUUUCUUCAAAAAACUACUAAAUGAGCCCUUACCCAUUGAAAGUCAUUUGGAUCAUCGCUUGCAUGACCACUUUAAUGCUGAGGUCGUUACAAAAACCAUAGAAAAUAAGCAGGACGCUGUAGAUUAUUUGACGUGGACUUUCCUAUACAGGCGUCUUACACAAAAUCCAAACUAUUACAAUUUGCAGGGAGUUACGCAUCGUCAUUUGUCGGAUCAUUUAUCGGAAUUGGUUGAGAAUACUCUCUCCGAUUUGGAACAAUCGAAAUGUAUAAGCAUAGAGGAUGACAUGGACACGUUGCCAUUGAACUUGGGCAUGAUUGCAGCUUAUUAUUACAUUAAUUAUUCCACAAUAGAGCUGUUCAGUUUGUCUCUCAAUAGCAAAACAAAAGUUCGGGGUCUUUUGGAAAUUAUUUCCUCUGCUGCGGAGUACGAAGAUAUAGUUGUACGGCAUCACGAGGAAAAUAUUUUGCGCACACUCUCACAACGCUUGCCAAAUAAACUGACUGGACCCAAUGAAACGGCGCCCAAAUUCAAUGAUCCUCACAUCAAGACAAAUCUUUUGUUACAAGCUCAUUUAUGUCGUCUUCAACUGGGUCCCGAGUUGCAAGGUGAUACUGAACUUAUACUAGGAAAAGCAGUGCGUCUCAUACAGGCAUGUGUGGAUGUUCUCAGUUCGAAUGGUUGGUUAUCCCCAGCUGUAGCGGCAAUGGAAUUGGCUCAAAUGGUGACACAAGCUAUGUGGAGCAAAGAUUCAUAUCUUAAACAGUUGCCACACUUUAAUGUCGACAUUAUAAAGCGUUGCACAGAAAAGAAAAUCGAAACCGUUUUCGAUAUUAUGGAGUUAGAAGAUGAAGACAGAUCUCGUCUGUUGCAAUUGAGUGAUGCCCAAAUGGCUGAUGUGGCACGUUUCUGUAAUCGUUAUCCCAACAUAGAAAUGAAUUUCGAGGUAUUGGACAAGGACCACAUCAAUUCGGGCUCCACUGUCAAUGUUGUUGUGCAAUUGGAAAGAGAAGAUGAAGUUACCGGUCCUGUUAUUGCCCCGUUCUUUCCUCAGAAACGCGAAGAAGGAUGGUGGGUAGUUAUUGGAGAUCCCAAAACAAAUUCACUAUUAUCAAUUAAACGUCUUACGCUGCAACAAAAAGCUAAAGUCAAACUUGAUUUCGUUGCGCCAAGUCCCGGCCGUCACGAGUACACGUUAUACUUUAUGAGCGAUUCUUAUUUGGGUUGCGACCAGGAGUAUAAAUUUGCCAUUGAAGUUGGCGAUUUCCAAUCAGAAAGUGAAAGUGAAUCGGACUAAAUGCAGUAGAGAGUAACAUAUUUGAGUUGCAUUUUUUUAGUAAAUAAUUAAAUGUAGUUUGAACAAAUAAAGAAUUGUAGGUACUAAAAACCUGCGUUAAUAUAAAAUAGGGUAGGUGUACCAGUA